AUAUUUCUCCUAUAAUAGUGUACAUUUGACCGUUUUUAUAAUACGUUGAAUUUAAUAAAUUACUUGCUUAUGAUAUUUCUGAGAUUAAUCAGAUACAGAUAUAGCAGCUACAAAUUGAUAUACAGUAGUAUCGCUAUACAACGGACGUAGUUUUUGUGUGUGUUUGAACAGAAAAAUGAACGAAAUGCUGAACGCAUUGCUGAACGCAGCUAAAAACGGUCUCAACGAUACAAUAAAAUCACAUCUGGAAAGCGGCAUUAGAGUAGAUCAUGUUAACGUAGAUGGUUUGGACGCGUUGAUGCUAGCAUCACAAAAUGGACAUCAUAAAACUGUAGAAUUAUUACUUGAAAGCGGAAGUGAUUGUAAUCGGGUUGAAAAAGAUGGCUGGGAUGCAUUAAUGCUUGCAUCACAAUAUGGAUAUAAUAAAACAGUAAAAUUAUUGCUGGGUAAAGGAAGUAGCUGUAAAAGAGUAGAAAAAGAUGGCUGGGAUGCAUUAAUGAUUGCAUCUCACAAAGGACAUUGUGAAACCGCAAAAUUACUACUAAAACACGGAAGUGAUAUUGAUCGUGUUGAAAAAAGUGGGCUCAAUGCAUUGAUGCUUGCGUCUCAAUACGGACACGUCAGAACAGUAAAGAUGCUUUUAAAACAUUUAUUCAAACUCAAAACACAGACGACUAACGGUGACCAUAAUAGUGCAUUCGAAACUAAUAAUGAAACAUAUAUUAAAAAAACGUUUAGUAUUUAUUUAGUAAAUAUUAUUUUUCUGGCGUUUGAAGAGGGACAUGUAGGAAUAUUAGAGACAGUUUCAGCAUUUGUUCAUUUUCAUACGGAUAUGUCAAGCUUGGUAGGCCUGAUAACGUUUCUUUGCAAUUUGUGUAAAAGUUAUCUUUACCACACUAAAAUCGAUAUUGAUUUUGAAAUAGAAAACGACCCGAUAUUAAAUGCAAGAGAAAAGAAACUCUGUCAUGAUUUUAAAAGGUCCAUCAACAGUUAUUUGAAGAUUGCAGGAAAUAAUCAGGAGCAUCAGAAUCAAGUCUGUAAAGAUUUUAAUAGCGAUGUGUUGGAUAUAAAGAUAGAAUUUUCUAGAACAGGAGCGUUUGAACCAAUACAUUUUUUCAUUAUUCAGAAAAGCUUGAGUAGUAUUUGCAAUAUAUUAAAUGCAGACAUGACGAAACAGUUUUUUAAUUUACUGUUGCAAAAUGAUUAUGCAGAAUUGACUAUUAAGUACAUACAAGUAGAGCUGGAAAUUUCAACACCAUGCUUUUCAUUAUUUCUAAUUCGCGAUGUGCUUUUGCUGUUGUGGGAAGGAAGUCACUUCAGUUCUAAAUUCGCUCUGACAUUGGCUAAGCUGGGGGUAGUGCAGAUUUUUACCAAGUUUCUGAUGCAGCUAAAAGAUCGACAGGUAGUGUCAAAUAUGACAGCUCUCGAUCAGGAAAUCGCCAUUCCUUCACAGAUUUUGCUUUUACAAAUUGCAGGAAUUUCAAAUAGAGAAACAGAGAUUUAUGAUAUUAUAAAACGAAUUAUAAUAGAUAUCAUAGUGGAAAGUGUUAAAGGGAAUAAGGUGAAGCUGUUUGGAUUUCAACUAUCUGAACUUAUUCAAUGUCUUGUGGAAUAUUUAGCGGAUGACGAUGAUGAUACAAUUAAGGAGAUCAUUCCUCUUCUUCCUAAGCUAAAAGAAAUACUAUCAUCAAGCAAACACAAAGAACAAUUUUUUACUGCGGAAUGUUUGAAAAAGCUAAGUAAACACAUUGAAGCAAGGCAUGAAAUUAAAAAUGACGAAAUCUUUUAUACUAAAUUAGUAAAAUUUUUAAAAACCAAUGAUAAGAAUAUUGCUGAUGUUGCAAGGUCAAUUUUGUGGAGAAUUUACCAAACAACAGGAUAUUUUCCGUCUAUAUUAGAAAAAUGUUAUUCUGACGAGUUUCCCAAGUCGUACGAGAUUAGCGAUGAUUUCCUAGCACGAGGUGGUUUCUGCAGCGUCCAUCUUGUCAUCGAUACAGAAAAUCCAUGCGAUGAAAAGUUUGUUGCAAAGAAAACACUGGAUUUUCCAUUCAUUAAAAAAAAGUUGUUGGAAAGCUUUCAGACUGAAGCGUCCAUAUUGAUAAAGCUUACUCAUGAAAGAAUAGUUCAAUUCCAUGGGUAUUCGAAGAAUGAAAAUGAAAUGCUUUUAUUUCUAGAGUACAUGAAGAAGGGAACCUUGUCUACGUUUAUUAAAAAACGGCAAAGACUUGAUGAAGCUCACACUAGGCAAAUAGCUAAACAAAUUCUUGAAGGUGUCGAAUAUCUGCAUGAACAAAAUAUUCUACAUUUGGAUAUCAAAGGUAAUAAUAUAUUGAUGGUGGACGACUCACGUAUUAAAUUAACAGACUUUGGUCUCUCAUCUAUUCUCAAUGAAGAUGAAGGUAUUAAGGCAGAAAGGGGCACAACUCGAUAUAUGGCUCCAGAAAUGAUUAACUGCCCUGAGGGUAGAAUUUUUAAGAACUUAUCGAGUUUAGACAUUUGGAGUGUGGGCUGUACUGUUGUAGAGAUGAUCACUGGAUCUCCACCAAACUCAGUAACAACGUCAGCUAGAGUGCUAUUUAAACGUGCAACCAUGCAGAAACCAAAGUAUGAACUACCCGAAUCAGCGUCACAAGGCUUGAAAGAGUUUUUAGCAAAGACUUUUGAAACUGAGGCAGAAAAAAGACCAUCAGCAAGAAGUUUAUUGAGGGAGGACCCAUUUAUAACAGAUGUAAGUGACGUUGAAAGAAUGUAACAGUAAUACCUUUGAAUUUGUAUCUGAUAUGGCUUGAUAUUAAACGGUUCAGAUAGUGAUAUAAUCUAAAAAAUUGUUCAAUGUUAUAUUAAAAUAAAUUGCAUUUAUUUAAAAGAAAUGAGUUUCCAUUUAGAAAGUAAGGAAAACUAAAUAAAUUACAGUGAUGUGUUCUGUUUUUUUUUUAAAUUUACAUGAAUGUAAACUUUUGUUUAUGUAUUUUAAUUCUUUUUUGCACAUUGGUGAAUCGGCAUUUUAAUUUUUCUUUUGGCUCGUGUAGAAAAUAAGGCCAAGAAAUGAUUUGCCAUAAUCCUCCAUAUAUUGAUUUAUUUCUUUACAAAUAAAUUACAAUAAUGUGUGCUGUUUUUUUAAAUUUACCACAAUGUAUAGUAUUAUUUAUAUGUAUUUUAAUUAAUUUUGCAAAUUGCGUGAAUCACCUUAUUUAUUUUUUCUUUCGCUCCGUGAAGUCAAUAAGACAACAACAAUGUUUUGCAAUAAUAGGGGAUAUUUUUAUUUAUUUAUUUACAAAUACAUUACAGUGCUGUGUUCUGUUUUGUAAUUUACCAGAAUAUAUUCUCUUAUUGAAUGUAUUUUCAUUUUCUUUCAAAUUGGGUGAAUAUGAUUUAUUUCUUUACAAAUAAACUACAUUGCUGGGUUCAUUUCGUUUUUAAUUUAC